GCGUCGAUUGUUUUGACAACCGUCACCACCACCGAGACCAUGCCGCGAUAAUUGCCCGCCGCCACCACCCCACUACUAACCACAGGACAGUGCAGCGCCCGGCCGGUUUCAUCGCCAAUGGCCCUCUCCAUGGCCGCGCCCGCAACGCCGACGCCGCGCUCGCCGCAGCAGCUGCACACGCCCAACGGCACCUGGAAGCACCCGCAGUUCGACGAGAUCACGCGCCGCCAGUACGCCACCACCUUCGACGAGCACAACGUGAAGGUCGUCGUCGCCAACGCCGGCCUGCUCGCCGCGUCGUUCCUGGCCAACGCCGUGACCGCCAAGGUGAAGCUGCUGGACUACGCCGCGGCCCCCGUCAACGCACUCCUCACGCACGUCCCGUACAGCGACUGGGCCGUCCUGGCCCUCCGCCUCUUCUUCGCCGUCAACGUCGUGUCCGCCCUGCUGCCCCUCGUGCGCCGCUACUACCCCGACGACAUCGUCGACAUCCCCCUCACGCCCUCGCAGCGCUCCUCCAUGGGCCUCAAGCCCAGCGCCUCGGCCACCCCCGGCUCCGCCUACGCCUCGCCCGCCUACGUCACCCCGCCGCGCUACUCGCGCUCCACGCCCCGCAGCAGCUUCAGCGCCCACGGCGACCGCCCGCUGUUGGGCUCCGGCAGCCCCGGUUCGGGCCUGGGCCGGUCCGCGUCGGGCGCGUCGUACUCGCCCGGCCUGAGCGGGUCGGCGAACAGGCGGUCCAGCUACGGCGGCGCGAGCCCGUUUAAUAGCAGUUUGUUUGGUGACAGCGCCGCGAGCUCGGGCCCGGGCACCCCGACGCCCGCCACGGGCAAGGCGAGCGUGGGCCUCAACAACAAGUGGCUGUACGAGAAGCGGCGCGACAGCCCGCGCAGCGGCAUGUUCGCCUAGGUAGUACAUAGACAGAUAGUGCAGCACCGCGGAGACGAGCGUAUACCCUCGCGAGGCGUUUGGGCGCAGCAAUGAAUUGUUUCCGUUCCACAUA